UUCCGGAUGGGAGCCGAAACGUCUUGAUUCUGAAAACAGUGUCCAGAUGACUACGACUGAAACCUUUUCUAUGAUAGAACACUCCUGGACGAAUGAGGGACUACACCGUCCUACUACAGUAGCCUGUUAAAGUCUGGCGGGGUCUCAGCAGUUGAAUCAAUACAGCAGGAACACUGUCUGCAUCUUUAACCAUAUCCUGUUCCCGUCAUUUAUAUGCAGCUAAUGGCAUCUGUAUCCAUUGCUAAGUGGCAUUUUAUCAAUUCAAGACCUCUCUUAUAUCAUAACAGAUCAUGGAAAUAUGCUCCACAAAUAUGAAAAUGGUCCCUCUACAGCCAGAAAAAUAUGGCAAAGACACUUUUUCCCCGCAGCUCUUCAUUUUGAUGCAAAUGUGAGGCAGCCUUGCAGGUUCAAAAGGGGGGACCAGGGGAAAUGCAAUUGAGGGAUUUCUUUGUGAGGCCCGAUGCAAAUCCCAAAUGUUCUCAGGGCUGAAAACAAAAACAGCAUGGGUGCAGCACCGGCCACGUUGGCCCCUUCAAUAGAUCCACCUUCUGCCACAAAAGCACCGAGGGCUUUUCCAGGAUAUUUCCCUCCUCAUGUUGGUCAGAAUUUGCACCGACAAGAACGUCAGCCAUCAUGACUCCAAUGCUGAUGAAGCCACUGGUUGUGUUAUUAGACUUUUUGGUGGAGUGAUGAAGGGAGUCGCCCUGCUAGUCAAAGAGAACUGUGACGCCCACUGGGAGCUCUCUGGCUGGCUCCUCUCUCUGUAUGAAGCCAGUGUACAUGGUGGCAUGUGGCUGGGAUUAGGGCAUUUCACUGUGGAUUAAAAUCUUUCCAAUGGCCACUCGCUAAAAGAAAGGAGUCUGAAGUUCCAGCGGAGAUCCAGUGAGCACUCCGGGCCCAUGGUCUCACUUAGCAGCUGCAGGAUGUUCCAGCUGCUCCAGGGUCACAUCCAGCCAGCUGGAUACCGAAGCUGCAAAACUCGCCUGGUCACCAAAGACGGGCGCUGCAACAUUGAGUUCGGAAACAUCGAAUACGGAAACCACUUUGCGUACCUGGUGGACUUCUGGACCACCUUUGUGGAGAUCCGCUGGCGCUUUGUUCUCCUCCUGUUUGUGGCCUCGUUCACAGGCAGCUGGUUCAUUUUCAGCCUGCUUUGGUACUGGAUCGCAAAGAGCAACGGGGAUCUGACGGGACAGAACCGCACAGAUGGACAUGUCCAGUGUAUAGACAAUGUUAACGGCCUCACAACGGCGUUCCUCUACUCCCUGGAGACCCAGACCACCAUUGGGUACGGUGGCAGGGCGCUGACUGGGCACUGUGCUGGCACUGUGGCCCUAAUUAUCAUCCAGUCUCUAAUCGGCGUCUUCAUCAAUUGUUUCAUGUGUGGCGUCGUCUUGGCCAAGUUCUCCUUACCCAAAAAAAGGGCAAAGACUGUCACCUUCAGCGACACAGCUGUUGUCUGCUUGAAGAAAGGAAGUCUGUGUCUCCUGAUCAGAGUGGCAAACCUCCGAAAGACCUUAUUAAUCGGCAGCCAGAUCUACGGCAAGCUGUUUAGGACAACGACGACACCAGAUGGAGAGACCAUCAUUCUGGACCAGGUGGACAUUGACUUUAUGGUUGACGCUGGCAAGGAUAACUUGUUUUUUGUUUGCCCUCUGACCCUCUACCACGUCAUUAACAGGUCGAGUCCAUUCUACAAGCUGUCAGCUGACUCUCUCCCCCAGCAGGACUUUGAGUUGGUGGUCUUUUUGGACGGGACGGCCGAGUCCACCAGCUCCUCCUGUCAGGUCCGAACCUCCUACAUCCCACAGGAGAUUCAGUGGGGAUACAGUUUCCUGCCCAUUAUCUCCUGCACCAAGACGGGAAAGUACCGCGUGGAUUUCUCAAACUUUUCCAAAAGCGUUCAGGUCACCACGCCACACUGCGUCCACUGCUUCGAGACAGACGCAGACCAGAGAAACCACAACAGCCACAACCACGAAAAGCACAAUAACCAGCAGAAGUUGGGGAUCGACAACCCGGGGUUCCAGGUGAUUGACAUUCACGACUCUGUGGACACUAAAAUGUGAGCGGCUCGGAAAGGAAUUUGUUAGCGACUCAGGAUGUGGAAAAUACAGCGUUUGUCACUUCCUUUUAAGCAAAGUUUCACUGUUAGUCAGACUGAACGGGAGUGAAUCUGUGAAGAAAUAUUUGGCCAUGCGGCUUCCUCCAGUGAACAUUUGAAUUAAUCGUCGACUCCUUUUCCUUGAACAGCAGAAACAUUCAAAGUGUGGAUAAAAAAUUCAGACAUGAGUGGGAAUUAAGCUCUUGCUCAGCAGCUCAUUACAAUCAAAGCACCUUUGGGACUUGUGACUUUGUCUAGGUAAUGUGUGGAAGAGAGAGAGAAAGAGGGAUUGAAGUUUUGAUGCAUGGAAAAUGAAAGGGGUAAAAUACUGGAUGGCACAGUGGGUACUUCUUGAGGAGAUUAGGGCCUGAGCCUGUUAUAAUGAAAAACUGUGUGCUAUAAAGGCCAGGGAAGGAAAUAUAAAGUAGGACAGGCCUUUUGAGUUUUCUCAUUAUUCCUACUAAACCACUAACUGUAUGCUGUUUUUUUUUUGUCAUGUUGACACUGAUAAUUGUGAAAAAUGUGAACAUAGCUUCUAAACGCAGUGAUUUUAAUUGUGACCAGUCUACAGUUUGUAGAUCAUACUGUGUAACACUGAAACUUGUUCUCAGGGAAAGUAACAUCUUUAGCUGCAAUAAACCUUUUUUUUCACAAUUCAUCGA